AUGACUAGAAAGCAGCAGUACAAAAAAUCAUUAGAACUCACCAAGAACGAACUCUCCACACCAAAAGCACCAACACCAGAGGAGAGGAUGAAACAGCUCACAGCAAAAGUACCCCAGGACAUAAUCAAAUUCACUCCAAAGACAGAGAAGGCCAUGCGACUGAUGGAGAAGCAGAACACGAUUGUUUUCGUAUGCGACCUCAAAGCCACCAAGCCAGAGAUUAAGAUGGCCAUUGAGCAAUUAUAUUCAGUCAAGCCAAAGAAGGUCAACACUGCCAUCACAUUCAAGGGGGAGAAGAGGGCGUAUGCUAUAUUCUCUAAGGAGCACAGUGCAAUAGAAAUAGCCAGUGCAGCUGACAUCAUUUAAUAAUAAAUACUGGAAUUUGU